CUACGGCAAGUGAGAUAGAAAUAUAGAUGUCGCCUUAGAAAAAGAAAGAGGUCUUAUGGGUAUCGCAAUUUUAUAUACAGUUGCGCCUCUUUACUAUUUUUUACUCAACGUAAGAACGCAAAUUUUGCAUAAAGCCAAACCUCCAUGGCAUCAAGACGAAAAGGAGUUUGUCAUAAAGUUAUAUUGGUGUUACAGGUCUCCGGCAACUCACAAAUUUCUGAAGGCAAAAUAUCGUGUUGCCCGCAAUACCUAUCUACCUUAAAAGAAUGGAUUUCGGCAUCUAAAUCCACUACAGAUAAUUCAGCAUAGUUCGAACAAAUUAAACUAAAAAGUUAGUAUACUUUAUCGUCAACAAAGAGUGGGUGUUAUUUGCUUCGACGAAAUGUUCAUAAUCGCCAUCAUGUUCAUCAUCUGCAUUUUUUCAGUCGUCGUUAGAAAACUCCAUCUUGGACAUUGAAGUUGAUAACACUAGGUACAUUACUGGAAGAAUGAGUUGAUCUACUUUGCGAUCGAAAAGUUUAAUUGCACACGAUGUGAACAGCUUCUCAGAAAACCACAUCAAACCUUAAUGACGCCAAGGAACUAUUAAUUUUACACAAAUCCUUUGAAAUUAGGAAAUUAACGCUGUGCAUCGGCCAUAUCUGUUAAAUUGUUGCUAAGAACUUUAAAUUUUGUAAAUGGUCUUUGUAAUACUAUUAAGAGUACUUCAAACAAAAAUGUACAGAAUCAAAAAUUAAACGAAUGAAACGUCAUAAAUUUGCUUGCGUUCAUGGUCGUCCCAUUCGACGUCAUCAUUAGUACUUGCAUUGCAAUGUGUUUAAUAAGUUGCCUAUUUAACGCAAAUAUUCGCUACAGUAAGCGGCUGCCAUUUUCCCCUAUUUCUCCGUUUGUCUAUAGUGUAUAAAGUCAAUGGUAAUACGUAUCAACUAUCAGCAUCACCAGCAACUCGGAAAUAAGAUUCUCUACGAACUCGCUGGGCGAGGCCAUCAAGUUACCGCUAUCAUAUCGGCUCCAUUUGUCCCGAAAACGUCGAUUAAAAAUUACAAACCUGUGAAAUUUGAGUUACCUGACUAUUUAAAAGAUAACAAUUUGGAUUUCUACAAGGUGCAUGAAAGUGGAGUUCUGAGCAAAAUGUACUUGAUAGACGCGAUGAGAGUCUUUUUUACUGAAAUGGUUUUUAACCAAACCACCGUACAAGAGCUUUUAAAGUCAAACGAAAGGUUCGAUAUGGUUAUAUUGGAACAAUAUAUUAAUGAAGCAUUUAAAGGGUUUUGCUACCAUUAUAAAGCGCACGGUGUGGUUGUCAGUACAAUAGGUACUUCUAGAUGGACCGAUAUUCAAAUGGGCAACCCGAUCAGCCCUGCAUAUGUGCCUGAUGAUUUAUUAAGUUACUCGAGCAAUAUGAAUUUCUACCAACGGCUAAUUAAUUCCCUAACCUUUCUUCUGGGAACACUACACUUUUUUCUAUCUACGUUACCUAAGCUGAACGAAAUAAUGCAGAAGUAUAUACCAGGAGCGCCGCAUCUAAAUGAGUUGUAUUAUAAUUCCUCUUUGAUGCUUUUAAAUUCUCACACCAGCAUUAACCCAGCAGUACCGUUGGUACCAAAUAUGGUCGAAAUUGGAGGUUUCCACGUGAGUUCUCCAAAGCAAUUACCCAAAGAUUUGCAAGAGUACUUAGACGAAGCCAAAGAUGGUGCCAUUUAUUUCAGUAUGGGCUCGAAUUUGAAGGGAAAAUAUAUGAACGAAGACGUACGAAACGCUAUUUUAAAAGUGUUUUCAAAGUUAAAGCACAAAGUACUAUGGAAAUGGGAGGCAGACGUUCUUCCCAACCAGCCCAAAAAUGUUCGCCUGGGAAAAUGGUUUCCCCAGCAAGAUAUACUGGCACAUCCCAAUAUAAAACUUUUCAUAACGCACGGCGGUUAUUUAAGCACAACUGAGGCAAUCUAUCAUGGCGUACCGAUAGUUGGUAUUCCCAUCUUUGGGGACCAAGAAAUGAACGUGGCUACAGCGGAGAUUGAUGGAUACGGAAAGGGCGUCAGUUACAAGACUUUAACGGAAGAAUCUUUUGGAAACGCCGUACAUGAAGUUUUACGUAACCCCAAGUACUCAGAAAAUGUAAAAAGGAGGUCGGUAAUAAUGCACGAUCAGCCGAUGAAGCCCUUGGACAAAGCGAUGUAUUGGAUCGAGUAUGUUUUGCGACAUAAUGGGGCACCCCAUUUACGCACGGCCGCCCUAAACUUGCGUUGGUUCCAAGUGCUCUGCUUGGAUGUCAUUCUGUUCACAGCGAUAACGAACUAUUUUUGCUGUCUAUAA